UUACUUCUUCUUUCAUCAUAACCUUUUGCUUUAACAUUAUAACAAUAUAAUAUUAUAUAUUUAUCAUUAAUUAUGCCUUACAGACAAUUUGGUAUCGGUUUUCGUUGAUUUGAUGUUUUUUCUCCAGAAGACCUUAUAUUGUUGACGAAGAUUGUAAAGAUACAUCUGUAGUCAGUUUCACUAUUAGCUCCAAAUAAAAAUUUUUAGAAAAAGAAUAUGUACAAAUACCCUUCUUACAAUAUUUAAUUGAAAAACAAACAAUAGAGGACGUAAUAUGGAACCAUUAGGAAUAAAUACUGAUGAUUGCGGGAUAAAUUCCAAGUAUAAUGAUAAAAUACACAAAUUGUCUUCAAUCCCACUCAAUAGACAUGACGAUCAAGUAUGUAACGGAAUUAUUAAACAGGAAAAUAUUGAUGAACAAGACGUAUUUAAUGGAAUUAUCAAAGAGGAAAUUAUUGAAGAAAUAGACCAUGACAAUGAUAGUCGAUCAUUUCAAAAAGGAACUAAAACUGAAAAGAAUAUUAACACAAUUGAUACCGAAAUAAAAACUGAAGUAAAUUGUAUUGACUGUUUUGAAUUUGAAGGAACAGUUUUAAGCGAAAGCAAUUCUGCAGAUUUCAUUACUUGUAUGAAUUUGGACUUGACAUCAAACUGCGUAAGGAAAAAUCCAUUGAAUAAUACAGCGUCCAAAUUAACAAAGAGUACAAGGACAUACACAGGUGAAAAAUCGUAUAAAUGUGAUAACUGUGAUCAAGCGUUUUCCCAGAAAUCAAAUUUAACAAUGCAUACAAGGACACACACCGGCGAAAAGCCAUAUAAAUCUGAUAACUGUGAUCAAGUGUUUUCCCAUAAAUCAAGUUUAAUAAUCCAUGCAAGGAAACAUACCGGUGAAAAGCCGCAUAAAUGUGAUGAAUGUGAUCGAGCUUUUCCCGUGAAAUCAAGUUUAAUAAGGCAUACAAGGACACACACCGGCGAAAAGCCGUAUAAAUGUGAUAACUGUGAUCAAGCGUUUUCUCAGAAAUCAAGUUUAAUAAAUCAUUUCAUGACACAUACGGGCGAAAAGCCGUAUAAAUGUGAUAACUGUGAUAAUGCGUUUUCUCAGAAAUCAAGUUUAACAAAGCAUACAAGGACACAUACCGGCGAAAAGCCGUAUAAAUGUGAUAACUGUGAUCAAGCGUUUUCCCAUAAAUCAAGUUUAACAAAGCAUACAAGGACACAUACCGGCGAAAAGCCGUAUAAAUGUGGUAACUGUGAUAAAGCGUUUUCUCGAAAAUCAAGUUUAAUAAAUCAUUUCAGGACACAUACGGGCGAAAAGCCGUAUAAAUGUGAUGAAUGUGAUCGAGCUUUUUCUCUUAAAAACAAUUUAAAACGGCAUACAAUGAGACAUAACAGAUAAAUACCGUAUAAACGUGAUAUCUGUUACCAAUGGUUUCCUCUUCGAACACAUUUAUAUCAAUCAAGACAUAUAAAAAUAAUUUUUUUGCCUUACAGUUUAUUUUAUAAUUUAAAUAACAUAAAAAUGAGUUCUUUAUCAUCAAUAUAAUAUAACAUUAGUUACUACGAUAGUAAAUAAUAAACAAUUAUUACAAUACCAAAUUAACAAAAAAGAUACACCUCAUAGUCUGAUAUCAUCAAACAUUCUACGUAAUAAUAAACAGUGAAUUCAUAGACUACUUCCACAUCUAUACAGACGCUUCUUAAACAGCAAAUGAAACCGGCUUCAUCAUGACACAUACCGAAGAUGACAGUCACCAUAAAAUCGUCCCUUUCUCCAGCAUAUCUACUGCAGAAACUUUCGCGGUACUCGAAGCUAUAAUUAUCUCAUUCUCCAAAAACCACAAUAAUGUCCUCAUCUUAAGCGACAUUUUAGCGAAAUCAUCUUAAUUACCAUCGUACAUACAAAAUGCAACUAGCCUGAAGCAUUCAGAAUUCAAUCCUUACAAACCACAAAACUAUCAAACUAUUCGAACUCAUGUGGGUUUCAUCACAGACUUUAUCAAGAUAACCGGGCUUACAGCGAACAUCUAGAACAAUGGAUCGACGAAACCUCACUAUAAUAAUUAAAUAAAUCUUUAAAAAAAAAAUGUUGAAAAUUGAAUGUAUUGAAUUUAUGAACACGAUUGUCGUCUU